AUGGCCAUAUGGCCCUGGAGUCGCAAGAAUAAGCGGCACACCAUUCAGCUCGGAGAUCCUGAAACCGCUACUACAGCCUCACAACCUCUCCCUGAAAUGGCUUCCUCUUCCUUUGCGCCCAAUGUCGAGCCUCGCCUGACUCGCAAGAAAUCCAAACGUCAAAAGAACCGUCACUCCGAUUCCGCCUCCCUGAACAACAACAACAACAACCAUACUAAUAGUGUGAAUUCCGCCAACGCGAAAAAAUCUCGGGCGCAAAAACAUCCUCGUUUCCAUGAAUCUUAUACCGCCCGUUCGGGGCCUCAGCAAUCCACCAUGUCCCGAUCAACUUCUAUAAAGGGGAAACGCGGCGACAAUGGUCACGCCGUGCUCAAGAAGCGUCUGAGCCAGCGCAAAUUGAACAAAAUCGCCCGCGAACAGGAAAUUCGUCUCAUGGCCUCAUGUCCCAUCGAUAUUCCUCGUCGUCCGGGUGAGCCGGUACCGGUCGCUCCCGUCAAACGCGCUCCUAGGUCGCGGAGUCGACGCUCUGAACGUCAUCGCUCCGAGACUAGUUUGUCCGUUCGGGAUUCCGCUGCCUCGUCCAUGUCGGAUAUCCCUGAAGCGUAUACCUUCAAAGUCAAUGCUUUAGCCGCCUUUACUCCAAGACCUCUUGUUCGCUACGAGGCUCCGCGACUGCCUACUUCUCGCAGCAACAAUGCCUCCGCUGCUUCCACGCGACGAGAAAGGCUACCCGCCUUGACCGUAUCGGAGGAGAAUCUGUCCAGACGGCGGGUUGACCACUAUGUUGAUGAUCUCGAUGCUGGCGGUCUACGCGAGUUGCUUGAGCGAGACCGACGGCGGCAAGAGCGUCAAGCCAUUGAAAAACAGGAGAAACUCCAGCGCAAACUUGAACGGGCUGCUGAGAAGCAACGUGCGGCUGAAGCCCGUGCUGCUGAAACUGCUGAUCCUUCUGGUACCGCUGAAGACGAACGGCAAAAUUUCCUCGAUGGUCCCAGUCGUCCUCCGACCGCGGAUGCACCCAGAGAACCUGAUUCCAGGAGUGACGCGGUUCAAUCUCCCGAGCCGGCGGGAUCGUGGCUGCGUGAUUCUUCCAAAGAGCCAACGCGUAGUCGCGAGACACUCGAGAGCGUCCACGUUAUCGGCAACAUUGACGACAGCUCGAUCCGUGAGCCACCAAAAUUGGUUCAGCGGCCGAGUUUCGCUCAGUCACAAGACAUCAGCAUGUCUCGCACCACUCUCUCACCCGCCCAGUCCCAGUCAACCUCUCGUCAUGGCCUGGGCAGCCCGACAUCCUCCCAGAUCUACGGCCUGGGAGGGGAAUCCUUGUCGGAUGCUUCCCGGACCAUGGAUUCGGAACGACGCCUGUCCGACCACAGCGGCAUGCGUAUGAACACCUUCUCCUCGCUGUUCCGCCGUGGCAGCUCGCGGCUAAAGAGGAGAUACCGUGAACGGUUCCACGACCAGACAUCAGACUUUUCUUCGCAUGCAUCACACGCAUCCCGCGAGUCGUUCUCUAGGAUCCCUACGCAGUCGUCAGCGCCAGGUCCCGCACCUGCGGCACCAUCCCCAAUCCCGGCACGACCGCUCCCUCGUUCCACAAACACCGUUAAACGGUCGCAGUCGAAAUUCACCGAACACUUUGGCGACGAACCUCUGUCGCCGCCUGAUUCCCGACUGCAGUCCCCUGAAAUUGCCGAAGAACCCGAAGAGCAUCCCGGAAGUAUGCCCAUACCGAUUGGAACAGCGAUUGGAACCGCAUACCCGAUUCCUGGCUCAGACUCGGACCUGCCAGCGGCUCGCAACCGUCACCGUUCAUGGAUAAGCGAUAACAUGGACGAUGACAACGUGCCACUAUCCCAGUCCUUGGCGUCGAUCGAUUCAGAAGGCUCGUGGAUGUCGGGCAACUUUUUACGUCGCAUUUCCCAACGGAGAUCCAACCAUCCCGUCCGACACAGCACGGGUCAAUUCGAAGGGCCCGACGAUGCGUCUCACGUCGACGACCUACCAGGCUUCGUUCGAUUCUCCUCAGGCAACGACGAAGAACGGACCAGCGCCGACGCCAUCGAGGAGCCAGAAAUCCAGCCGGAUCUGCGUCUGCCCGACGAGGACCCGGCUGAGACAUGGCAUACCGAAGUCGCUAAACGACCAGUCCUGGUGAACCCUACGGUCCGCCCCAAGUCGACAGAGGGCAUGCUUAAGAACAUCCAAUCACUAUCACCCAUCUCUGCCGAAGCGGAAUUCAGUCCGAUUGAAGAACAUUCGGCCGAGCUUGACUACGCGACUGACGAGGAUGACCAUGACCAUGGCCAUGGUCCCGUCGCGUAA